UCAGACACAGUGUUCUUUUCUACUCUCAAAGAGUACAUAACUUUUCUUUCUCUUUGUUUAGAGGGUUUUGAGAUUUUGUUAUGAGUGUUGUUGCUUAACUUUUUGGGUUUCGGGAUUUGGAAUCUGUUUAUACUAUGGCAAAUAUGGGUGAAAGGACUAACGUUAACAACCUCGACCAUGCUGAUGAUGAGUGUAGGAUUUGUCUCGAGUCACUGCAAGUUGAUAUUCGAACCCGAACCCCGGUUAAGCUUCGAUGUGGUCACUUGUAUCAUCUAGAUUGUAUCGGUUCUGCUUUCAAUGAAAGGAAUAAGAUGUUAUGUCCGACUUGUAAGCGAGUGGAACAAGGUAAUUGGAGGUUUGCACGCAGCUCUCCAAGUCAAGGUCUCAAUGCACCAUCGGUUCAGCCACUUAUGGGCGGUUUACCAGUACCGGUCUUGCGUGGUUUAAUGUUGCCAUCUGCUGGGAGACAACUUGGUAGAGUACCAAAUCAAGGUUUCAAUGUACCGUUUGUUCAGCCACUCAUGAACGGUCCAGCACCACCGGUCAGUCGUGGAUCUUUGUUGUCAUCUGCUGGGAGACAACAUCGGAGAACACCAAGUCAAGAUUUCGAUAUAUCGGUUGUUCGGCCACUCGUGGAGGGUUUACCUGUAGCAGACCCGGAUGACCCUAUGUUGACAUCUGUUGAGAGAGAACUUGGUAGAGUAUUACCAGAUCCACAUAGAUCAACUUCAUCUCCGUGGUCUAACCAAUCGAGGCGUGGACCUAUGACAUCUGUUGAGAGACAACUUGGUAGAGUAUUACCGACUCCACCUAUAUCAACUUCAUCUGCGCGGUCUAACGUAUCGGUCAGUGAAUCUUCCUUGGAUUUGACGCGACAACAACAGAUAUCAAGAAACAUAUCUCGUACUAUUGCUGCUAAGGAACCUCGUCAACAUCGCACGAUGUAUGGUUAUGACAUUAGAAGCAGCGGUGGAGAAGGUGGAAGUUACAGCAGUGGUAGCGGAAGUAGCAGUGGUGGAGCAAGCGGAAGCUACAGCCGUGGUAGCGGAAGUAGCAGUGGUGGAGAAAGCGGAAGCUACAGCCGUGGUAGCGGAAGUAGCAGUGGUGGAGAAAGCGGAAGAUACAGCCGUGGUAGCGGAAGUAGCAGUAGUGGAGAAAGCGGAAGCUACAGCCGUGGUAGCGGAAGUAGCAGUGGUGGAGAAAGCGGAAGCUACAGCCGUGGUAGCGGAAGUAGCAGUGGUGGAGAAAGCGGAAGCUACAGCCGUGGUAGCGGAAGUAGCAGUGGUGGAGAAGGCGGAAGCUACAGCGCAGAUGAGGAGGAAAUAGUUUGGAAGGGAUUGCAACAGCUCAAAGGGCGGUAAUGACGAAAACAAUAGCAACGGGACGCGGUGGUGAUCCACAAGCAGAAACGGUGGAUAAGCAACAUAAGCAGUGGAUUAGAGCCCAAAAUUUCAAGAGUUUUCGAAACUUAGACCUAUUUUUCUCUUUUCAUUUGUUUCAGUUCUGAAUUUUCUUUAAACUAAAAACAAAAAUUGUUG